UUUGAAAAGCUCACGGCGGAAGUUGAACCUGUGUUCCAGAUGCAGGAACUUUCGCUUCGAUCCGCCACACCGAGAUGGACUGGAAUGAGGGCGGUAAUGGUCACAGCCACGGGCGUGACGGCUGUCACCAUGGCAACGCGGGUCACUCGCACAGCCACGGGCCCAGAGCUGCAGCCUUCGGCGGCAUGACCAACAUGUACAUGCCUCCUUACGGGCAGAUGGGCAAAGGUCCGGACCCGGUCAUGGACAUCAGCCAGCAGCCGAAGAAACGGUCGCAGAUGGAUGACAGCAGCAGCUGGGACAUCGUCAAGGCAACGCAGUUUGGGAUCCUGGAGCGCUGUAAGGAGCUGGUGGAGGCCGGAUAUGACGUCAGGCAGCCAGACAAAGAGAACGUCUCUCUGCUGCACUGGGCGGCCAUCAACAACCGCUCAGAGCUGGUCAAGUAUUAUAUGUCCAAAGGGGCAAUUGUUGACCAACUGGGAGGAGACCUCAACUCUUCUCCCCUCCACUGGGCCAUCAGACAGGGCCACCUUCCCAUUGUGAUCCAGUUGAUGAGAUACGGAGCAGACCCGUCCAUCACAGACGGGGAGGGCUACCGCUCGCUCCACCUCGCCAUCCUCUUCCAGCACAUGGCCAUAGCCGCUUAUCUCAUGGCUAAGGGAGAGGAAGUGGAUGUGCCUGACUGUAGCGGACAGACACCACUGAUGUUAGCAGCACAGAAGAUUAUUGGGCCCGAACCCACCAACUUUCUCAUCAAGAACAACGCCUCAGUGAGCGCUGUGGACAAAGUUAACAGGAACACGCCAUUACAUUGCGCAGUGCUGGCAGGAAACGUUGACGCUGCCCACAUCCUGUUGGAGGCAGGAGCAAGCGUGGACGCUGAAAACAUCAACGGUCACACACCCAUGGACCUGGCCCACCAGGUCCACAGCCCACUGCUCAUCCACAUGCUCAACGUCACCAAACAGGAGAGGAUUCGCUCCAAUUCCCGCUGUUUACGCUUUAUUCUCAGAUACAAGGUUUUGGUGCAGUUCCUGUUUUGCACAGCCAUAUUUGGAUGUGUUGGUGCAAUAUUUGACAUGAACUCCGAGUCCUGGUUGCUCAAAAGCAUCUUGUUAGCCUGCGUGGUGGGAGUGAUUAACCUGGCCUCGAGGAACUUCCCAAACCCAGAUUUUCAGUCUCUGCUGCCGCCGUCGUCUCUGAUGGCUUCAGUCUUCUGGAUGCUCGUCACCUGGUGUCUCUGGUUCCUGCCAGAUCUACCCAGCACAGCAGUUCAGGUGCUGUUCACUCUGAACGCCACCGCUUUCCUCUACUACUUCCUUCGGACCUGCCGGACGGACCCAGGUUUCAUCAAAACCACUGAAGAGCAGAAGAAAAUGGUGGGAAAGAACGUGGUGGUGCUGGCCGAGGCUGGCUGUUUGGACCCCAGGGUAUUUUGCACUUCCUGUAUGGUUAGGAAACCACUGAGAGCGGUUCACUGCUUCAGCUGCGACGCAUGCGUGGCGAAGCAGGACCACCACUCUGUAUGGACCAACACCUGCAUAGGUGCCAGGAAUCAUUACUAUUUUGUGCUUUUGCUGCUCUCCCUCUCGGUGAUGGGGGGCUGGAUGAUCUACGGUUGUUUUACAUACUGGGCCAGUCACUGUUCGCUGCGUUACGAGGAGCAGGGUGUGUGGGGCGUGGUGUCGGCGGUGGUCACCUGCUCUCCCUGGGUGCUCGCCGUCUUUGUGCUGUCCUUCUACCACACCUGCUGGUCCACUUUGUUCCUGAUUGGGCAGCUCUACCAGAUUGCAUUCCUGGGAUUAACGACUCCAGAGAGAACUAAUCUGUUGCUGCAGCAACGGAGAAUGAGACAAUCCGGAUCCCUGAGACAAAAUCCAUUCAACAUGGGCGUUGUCCAGAACCUGGCGUCGUUUUUCCACCUGCGCUGCUGCGGCCUCUGCAAGCCGGCCGUCGUCGACUGGACGGCCCAGUUCCAGCCCCAACGGGACCAGUACCUGUUCGAACAAAUCAACAUGGUCUGACCUCCUCCCUCCUCCGUAUGUCCGGGUGAAACUCUGCUUCUGGACCAAAAGCACAGAAUGUAUUUAUUUAUUUUUCCAUCCGUUGACUCCUUGUAAAGAAAGACUUGCCGAUGGUAGAGGUUGGAGUAGAAGUCGUCUGCUGCUGCCUUACACUCGACCAGUGAGGGUGGAAAAGGAAAAUCCUUACGGCCUGAAUAGUUCUGGGCAUUUUGUGCUGUUUUUAUGAACACGUUAAGCCUAUUUUUAUCAUCCAGGAAGAGGAAAACAAUCUUUGUAAAUGUAAACGGUUUGGUUUUAUGACUUUUGUAAAAGCUGCAUGCGUUUCAUAACAAAUGACCACUAUUAUAUACUUCAAUAAAGCAAUCAUGUGCCUGUCUUUUUAA